UUAUAAAGUUAUUAUAUAUAGCUUGUCUAAAUGGGAGACAAACGAUAAUGGUCGAACGAGCAAGUAAAAUGUGUAUUAGAUACGUGUAUCGAAGAGGUCAACAGAAUUGGUAGAUAAGGAGGUAGCAUGCACAAGGAGUCUUGGGUUAGGUUAGGGAAACCUCUAAAAGAAAAGUUUGACAUGGAUACUUCACAAAAACAAUUGAAAAAUGCUUUUGAUAAUCUAAAAGCCAAAUACGUAGGGUGGAAAUAUUUGAGAAACAAGUCAAGGAAUUUAUAUAAUGCUCAAACAAAUUCAUUUGCCUUGGUGAACACAGAAUGGGAAGAAUUCAAGAAGGGUCAUCCAAAGGCAGGAUCAUUGAGGACACACCCAUUGCCUUAUCCCAACCUUUGUGCAUCUUUGUUUGAUGGAAGUAGUGCCAACGGUAGCAUCAAAUGGACCUCUACUCAAACUACACCCGCAUAUACAUCAUCUUCUUCUCAUCGUGUCCAAAGACUUCUGAUUGAUGACAACCCUUUUAAUGGCCUAGAAGAUGAUAAUGAUGAUGACGCUUCCAGUGACACUAGUGCUCGAGCUCCUAGUGAUAAAGCUCAUGGUGGUUCUACUGAGAGGCUUGAUAAAAGGAGUAAAACCACUGAUGCUUCUACUAAGAGGCCUGAUAAAAGGAGUAAAACCACUAAUGCUUCUACUGAGAGGCCCGAUGAAAGGGCUAAAACCAGUGAUGCUUCUACUGAUAGGACUGAUAUGACCGAUAUGGAUAAAGCCUCUAAAACCUCUAUUAGUCUUGAUGAGUUGAGUCUUGAUAUGCAAAAAGCUCUGCAACAUAUGGUGAAUUAG